AUGGCCGAUCUUUCAAUAAAACCCAUCAAGCUCUACGGCGGGCACCUUGGUCCCAACCCGCUAAAGAUCGCAAUUAUUCUCACGUUGCUCGAGCUGCCUUUCGAAAAAGUUUUCAUCGCCUUCAACGAAGUCAAGAGCCCCGAGCAUGAGCGCAUUAACCCCAACGGACGUCUCCCGUCAAUUUACGAUCCCAACACCGACUUGACCAUCUGGGAGUCGGGUGCUAUCAUUGAGUAUCUGAUAGAGCGCUACGACACGACUGAACCCCGCAAACUCAGCUUCCCGCCGCUUAGCGCAGAGGCUCAGCUAGCACGUUCAUUCCUCUACCUGCAAGUUUCAGGUCAGGGUCCCUAUUACGGACAGGCCUACUGGUUCAAGAAAGCUCACCCGGAGAAGCUGCCUAGCGCGAUAGAGCGCUACGUGAACGAGGCAAAGCGUGUCACGGGCGUACUUGACAAGUGGCUCGCGCAACAAAAGGAAACCUAUCAGGGAGAUAUUGGGGAGGGACCUUGGCUGGUGGGCAAUAAGCUAUCGUACGCAGACCUGUCAUUCAUCCCUUGGCAGAAACAGGCACACGAGGGUUUUGUCGAGGACGGGUUCAAUCCCGAAGAGUUCCCUCACGCAAAGGAUUGGUUGGACCGCAUGGUCAAUAAGGAGCAAGUAAGACCAGUCCUCGAAUCAGCCGCCCAGAUGAUGGCAGAGAAACGCAAGCAGAUGCAGGAAGAGGCAGCCAAAGAGAAAGGGACCGGCCAGUGA